AUGAUCUCCGACGGUGACCUCUAUCGCCUCGCCAUCUUCCUGGGCUCUUGCGCCAUGAUGAUGAUUGUCCUAUACCACUUUCUCGAUGUCAAUGCCUCCGACGAAGAGCCUACCGAUACCACCACAAAGUCCUCCAAGCCCAUCGAGUCUACAACCGCGUCGUCAUCCAGACCCACAGCCACGUCGCCAGAGUCAGGGAAUGCGAAAUAA